AUGAAGUGCACCACGUGGGAGUGGCUCAGAAUGACCACAGUGCUGCUAUUCAUGGCUAAAGCAAUUCCAGCCAUGGUCGUGCCUAAUGCCACUUUGUUGGAAAAACUUUUGGAAAAGUACCUGGAUGAGGAUGGCGAGUGGUGGACGGCCAAGCAAAGAGGGAAAAGGGCCAUCACAGACAAUGACAUGCAGAGUAUCUUGGACCUUCAUAAUAAAUUACGAAGUCAGGUGUACCCAACAGCAUCUAACAUGGAGUAUAUGACAUGGGAUGUCGAGCUGGAGAGGUCUGCAGAGUCCUGGGCUGAAACUUGUUUGUGGGAACAUGGGCCUGCAAGCUUGCUUCCAUCAAUUGGACAGAAUUUGGGAGCACAUUGGGGAAGAUAUAGGCCUCCAACAUUUCAUGUACAAGCAUGGUAUGAUGAAGUGAGAGACUUCACCUACCCAUAUGAACAUGAAUGCAACCCGUAUUGCCCAUUCAGAUGUUCUGGUCCUGUUUGUACUCAUUAUACACAGGUGGUGUGGGCAACAAGCAGCAGAAUAGGCUGUGCCAUUAAUUUGUGCCAUAACAUGAACAUCUGGGGGCAGAUAUGGCCCAAAGCUGUCUACUUGGUGUGCAAUUAUUCCCCAAAGGGGAACUGGUGGGGCCACGCCCCCUACAAACACGGAAGGCCCUGUUCAGCUUGCCCACCCAGCUUUGGAGGAGGCUGUCGGGAAAAUCUGUGCUACAAAGAAGGAUCAGACAGGUACUAUACUCCCCGUGAAGAGGAAACCAAUGAAAUUGAACGGCAGCAGUCACAAGUCCAUGACACCCACGUUCGGGCAAGAGCGGAUGAUAGUAACACAAACGAAGUUGUAAGCACGCAGCAAAUGUCCCAAAUUGUUUCAUGUGAAGUAAGAUUAAGAGAUCAGUGCAAAGGAACAACCUGCAAUCGAUAUGAAUGCCCUGCUGGCUGUGUGGAUAGUAAAGCUAAAGUUAUUGGCAGUGUAUAUUAUGAAAUGCAAUCCAGUAUUUGUAAAGCUGCAAUUCAUUAUGGCAUAAUAGACAAUGAUGGUGGUUGGGUAGAUAUCACUAGACAAGGAAGAAAACAUUAUUUCAUCAAGUCCAAUAGAAAUGGUAUUCAAACAAUCGGCAAAUACCAGUCUGCUAAUUCCUUUACGGUCUCCAAAGUAACAGUUCAGGCUGUCACCUGUGAGACCACGGUGGAACAGCUCUGUCCAUUUCAUAAGCCAGCUUCACACUGCCCAAGAGUAUACUGCCCUCGUAACUGUAUGCAGGCAAAUCCACAUUAUGCUCGUGUGAUUGGAACUCGGGUUUAUUCUGAUCUGUCCAGCAUCUGCAGAGCAGCGGUACAUGCCGGGGUGGUUCGCAAUCACGGUGGUUAUGUUGACGUUAUGCCUGUGGACAAAAGAAAGGCUUACACGGCUUCUUUUCAGAAUGGAAUCUUCUCAGAAAGUUUACAGAAUCCUCCAGGAGGAAAGGCAUUCAGAGUAUUUGCUGUUGUGUGA